AUGGGGAGUUCAUGCGUGAACCUCUCCCGCGCCGUCCUCCCCGGCUUCGGCGCCGCCGCCGCCGCCAAGGGAGGAAGCCGACGCCGUGGCCUCCUUCUUCCGUUGAUGUCAUCGGAGCGGCGGCACGGCGGUGCCGCGGUGGUGGUGUGCUGUACUUCGUCGUCCUCUACUACGACUGCUGCCGGCUCAUCGUCAAGGGCGCCGUCGUCGUCCUUCCCGGCGCACGACGGGCUCGGUGGCCGCGAUCCGCCAGGAGCCGCCGGCGGGAUUGGUGUUGCCGAGUUUCUCGGCGGCAAGAACUUCCUCAUCACCGGCGGCACCGGUUUCCUGGCAAAAGUUCUUAUCGAGAAGAUCUUGAGGACAAAUCCUGACGUUGGCAAGAUAUACGUGCUCAUCAAGGCCAAGGACAGCGAAGCAGCGUUGAGGAGAUUGCAAAAUGAGGUCGUAGACACGGAGCUGUUCAAAUGCCUGCAGGAGAUCCACGGGGAAGGCUACGACAGCUUCAUCGCAACAAAGCUGGUCCCCGUCGUCGGCGACGUCAGGGAAGCCAACGUCGGCAUUGCGCCCGACCUCGCCGACGAGAUCGCCGACCAAGUGGACGUCAUCAUCAACUCGGCGGCCAACACCACGUUCGACGAGCGGUACGAUGUCGCCAUGGAAAUCAACACCGUGGGGCCGUUCCGGAUCAUGAGCUUCGCGCAGCGGUUCCGGCGGCUCAAGCUCUUCUUGCAAGUGUCUACAGCCUAUGUGAAUGGGCAGAGGCAAGGCCUGGUGCUGGAGAACCCGUUUCGCAUGGGAGACACCAUAGCCAAAGAGCUGGGUUCCUCAUCAGGUUCUGAAGAAGAAGGGUAUAAGAUCCCCGUGCUGGACAUCGAGGCAGAGAUCAAGCUGGCCUUCUCCUCCAGAAGACACUCCGAUGAUUCUCCAUCGUUUGCUCAAGAAAUGAAAGAUUUGGGCCUAGAGAGGGCAAAACUCCAUGGGUGGCAAGACACCUAUGUGUUCACCAAGGCCAUGGGAGAGAUGGUCAUCAACUCCAUGCGAGGAGAGAUACCAGUGGUCACCAUCAGGCCCAGCGUCAUCGAGAGCACCUGGAGGGACCCAUUCCCGGGCUGGAUGGAAGGGAACAGGAUGAUGGAUCCUGUGAUCCUCUACUACGGGAAAGGCCAGCUGAGCGGGUUCCUCGCCGACCCAGAUGGUGUUCUUGAUGUGGUCCCGGCGGACAUGGUGGUGAACGCGACGCUGGCGUCGAUGGCGAAGCACGGCGGCGGCGCGGCGUCGGGCCCCGGGAUGCACGUGUACCACGUGUCGUCGUCGACGGUGAAUCCGCUGGUGUUCGGCGACCUGAGCCGGUUCCUGUUCCACCACUUCACACGGUGCCCCUACAGCGACGCGGCGGGGCAGCCCAUUCUGGUGCCGCCCAUGCGCCUGUUCGACACCAUGGAGCAGUUCGCCAGCUACGUGGAGACGGACGCGCUGCGGAGCGUCCGGGCGUCCUCGUCCUCGUCGCCGGCGCUGGCGCAGCGUGCGCGCGACCUGUGCGCCAGGUCCGUGGAGCAGACCGUCCACCUGGGCAGCAUCUACCAGCCCUACACCUUCUACGGCGGCCGCUUCGACAACGGCAACACGGAGGCGCUGUUCGCGGCCAUGUCGCCGGCGGAGAGGGCGCGGUUCCACUUCGACGUCCGGAGCGUCGACUGGAGGGACUACAUCACCAACGUCCACAUCCCAGGCCUCCGGAAGCACGUCAUGAAGGGCAGGGGCGUCGCCGCCAACCAGCUGCUCGCCAGCACCUCCGUGUGA